ACUACUCAAGCCACCAAGGCCAAACAUGUAUAAAACAGCUGCAGAGUUAUGGAGGAUUGAGUUAUAGCCUAUGUUUGAUAUCAAUAUGUCUAAUAGCAAUUCUAGGGUAUUGGAGUCACCAGAAACUGAGCGUGGAGAUGACUCCAAUUUCGAGCUCCCAGAGGACUACUUGAUGUCGGAUGGCUGGUUGGAGGAUUAUCAGCCAGCUGUUAUUAAUUCCGGGCUCACCGGGAAUCCUGUUAAUCAAGAAAAUACAGUUAAUGAGACUGGUGGGAUUAGCAGCCUCCACGAAGGACCAAAUAACAGAGAAAGUGAAGGUAGAAGGGUGGAGGGGGAAGUAAGAGAAAGAUUUGCAUUUAGAACACGGUCAGAGGUUGACGUACUGGAGGAUGGGUACAAGUGGAGGAAAUAUGGAAAGAAGAAGGUGAAGAACAGUCCAAAUCCAAGGAAUUACUAUAGAUGUCAUGUGGAGGGGUGUCCUGUGAAGAAAAGGGUUGAAAGAGAUAAAGAGGAUCAAAGUUAUGUGAUUACAACUUAUGAAGGGGUCCACAACCACCAGGGCUCUUCUUAGUGUUUGAUGUUUUCUCAGGUUUCAGUUCUCUGACUAUAGUUAGUAACUUAGUGUAGUUUCCUGCAAAACUUUUGCAGCAUCAGGAAGUAUCAGGGACAUGAUCCGGAGUUUGUAAUAUGAUGUUCCGGAGUUUGUAAUAUGAUGUUCUUUUUCUGUUUAUGGUGAAGAAAUCUAAAGAUUCAUAGAAAAAUACAAUGAAAAGUUUUGCGGGACAAGAAUACAGAGUUCUGCUAUUGGCUGGUUGACUGCGUUCUGCUAUUGGCUGGUUGACUGCGUUCUGCGAUGACUAACAGUCA